CAUGAUUUCCAGCAAUCGUCACGAACGGAUAUCGCACGGCAGAAGCAGACCAACAACACGAACGAACACAAGCAGACAAGAAACGACAGAAGAGGCUAGCUCGCAAGCGACCCACACACACACACACACACACACAAUACAGCGUCAUGGCACUGCCAUAUGUUGAUGACAUUGAAGCCAGCAGAGAGCAGGUGAAUGCACUGCUGGCAGAGGAGAUGGGAUCCAUGGGAAAGCCCUCACAGAAACAGUACCUGUCCCACCUCCCUCUUCCGAAGGCAUUCCAGUUUGAACGCACAUCCAUGGUCAAGCACCAUUUGCAGGAGAUGGAGGAAGGCUCGUACAAAUCGCCAGAGUUUGACACAUACAGGUACGAUCUGCCUGCGCCGAGCCAGGCAUUGAAGAACGACCCAGAGGCGUGGAAGGAAAGCGUCAAGAACGCAUACGCACAACUGGAGCAUCAGCGAAACAGGAUCGACAACCUUGAGCUGAUGACGCAGUUUGGCGGGCAAAAGUGGACCCGGUACGUGGAGCAGCUGCAGGCGCUGCAGAACCGCCUCCAGGCAGCCCUCGAUGCAAUCAACCAGGACAUGGAGGACAUCAACUGGCAGCGGCAGAACGAGCAGCAGGCCGCCGGGCAGGAGUUUUACCAGCUGGAGGUGCGCUGGGGCGAGCUCGUCGCGGCAAACUACCAGCUCGAAACAAUCUGCAGAGCCAUCGAGCAACAACAACCACAGCAGGAGGAAGCGGCAAAGGAAGAGUGAUGAAGGAAACGAUGAAAGUGACGCGCAUGUGUUUGUCAACGGUGGAAGUAAAGCAACAACUGAAGCGA